ACUGCCACGUGACUGUUGGUGUUGAAUGAAAAUGGAGAGGGAGACGAAGAAAUAAAAAAUAUUUAUUUGACAGCAAGUUUCAAAUAUUUGUGUAUUUACAAUGUUGAAAUUUAAAGAGAAUCCUUCAAAUCAGUUGUAAUUUUUUUUGUCAGCAAAAAGUAUUUUUUUAUCAGCGAUUUAGCCGUUACGCAACUGCCAAAUCAUCAUCAUUAUAAAAAGUCGAUUACAAUGUGAGGUUAUGUUUAUAUCAAAUUGUGGCAUUUCGCUUGUGAGAACGAUUUGUAGAGCUGCUUUUACGAUGAAACCAAAAGUGGUAUUCGUUUUGGGGGGUCCAGGAGCCGGAAAGGGUACCCAAAGUCAAAAAAUCGUGCAGCAUUUUGGGUACGAUCAUUUAUCGGCAGGAGACUUGCUGAGAGAAGAAAGAAACAAUCCUAAUUCUGAGUUUGGAGAGCUUAUUGAAAAUUAUAUCAAAGAAGGUAAGAUAGUUCCAGUGGAAAUAACGUGCAGCCUUUUAGAAAACGCUAUGCAAGCAUCAGAAAAUGAUAAAUUUUUAAUAGACGGUUUUCCAAGAAAUCAAGAUAACUUGCAAGGUUGGAAUAAAACUGUUGCAGAUAAGGUUGACCUGCAGUUUGUGCUGUUUUUUGACUGUCCUCAAGAUGUUUGUCUGCAAAGAUGUUUAUAUCGCGGCGCGAGCGGUAGUGGGAGAACAGACGAUAACGAAGAAAGCCUUAAAAAGCGCUUUAACACCUACUUAAACGAAACCCAACCAAUAAUUUCCUACUAUGAAAAAUUUAAUCUAGUGCGAAGAGUAGACGCCACCAGGACGACCGAUGAGGUAUUUGAAGAUGUUAAAUUGUUAUUUCAGGAAGCGGCAGGUGGAGACCAUUAGUAGUCGCUUAUGAUUUAAGCGACACUUAAUUUCGCAAUAAGAAACUGAUGCAUUCCUGCGGUGUAAAUGUUUGAAUAACGAUGUCCGAAAUAAUUUACUUAGAAUUUGGAGUCCUCUAGUCGAAUAAUUUUGCCUAAGUGCUAAACUUGAUUUAUUAAGCAAUCAUAGUUUGCUUGAAAGAAAAUGUUUGUAAUUUCUGCAUAUUGUUUUACUCGGUUCGAGUGUUACAAUUUUUUGACGUACAGACACUAAUAAUUCGUGUAGGUGUUUAAAUUAUUGAGUUGCCGUUUUUGCCAAAAAUUAAGUAUAAAGUAGUAAAUAAAAAAAAUUUGUGAGAGUAUCUUGAUGUCAAAAAUUUGUAUUAUCCCGAAGAUAAUGAGAAGUGAUAUUUUUAUGAAGCAUUGAAAAAGUAGUUAUUAUUUUUUAUUCUUAAUUAACGCAGGGGCUCAAAAAUCUAAUUUAUUAUAAUUAAGUAGUUUAAUCUUGUGACCAGUAUAAAAUCACUUAAGGAAAUGUGUUCAGAAUCACUUAAUUUUUUUCUUUAUAAAAGUAUUGUGCAUGUUGUGACUUAAUUUAAGUGUAAAUGGAAUACCGAUUGGAAAUAAAUGUUAAGAGCAAUUAUUUUAUAAUGUAAUUGGUUAAAUAAAAUAUAAAAUAAAAGAUUU